AAACUAAUAUCUUCUUCACUUCCCAUCCCAUUCAUUCAUCACUCACCAGUCACCACCACUGCCGCGACCGAGAGAGUCAGAGAGAGCAGGCGGCGGCAAUGGCUGGCGCUGGGGACGAGUACUACUACGGCGGGCCGGGCCAGCGCGGCGCGCCCCACGGCCUGCUGCUGGCGGUGGUGGUGGGCCUCGUGGUGGCGGGCCCGCUGUUCCUGGGCGGCGGCGGCGAGGCGCUGACGGAAGCCGUGGCGGAGCUGCUGAGCCCGGUGGGGCUCCUCCUCCUCCCCGUGUGCCUGCUGUUCCUCAUCCGCCUCCUCUCGUCCGACCGCGGCGCCGCGGCGCUCGCCGACGCCUUCGCCUUCGGCGGGUCCCCCGACGCCGUCCACCGCGUGGGAGGGUCCCCGGUCGGCGUCGCGUUCUUGCUCCUCCUCAUCCUCGCGCUGCUCUACUACCGAUCCUCGCUCUUCGGCGGCGACGGCGGCGACGACGAGUAGGAUAGGAGAGCUGGCGGUUGCGAUCUCUGGCUGUCUGUUGGGUUGGUUUCUGUAAUGCGAGGUCUGCGAGGGGCGUCUGUGCAAAAGUGCGUGUGUAAAAUCGAGCGGAGGCGGUUAAUCUGUUGUUUA